AUGGGGUUUUUUGAGCCUUGCUUUGCUGGGCUAGAGCAGGAGUCGGGCUUCUACUUCAACAUGAAGCACUUCGAGGACCUCGUGCAGGGCGGCGAGUGGGACGAGUUGGAGAGGUACCUCAGCGGCUUCACCAAGCUUGAGGACAACCGCUACUCAAUGAAGAUCUUCUUUGAGAUCCGCAAGCAGAAGUACCUCGAAGCCCUUGAUAGGCAUGAUAGGGCCAAGGCUGUGGAGAUUCUCGUGAAGGAUCUGAAGGUGCUCGCCUCCUUCAAUGAGGAGCUGUUCAAGGAGAUAACAUAG